GUCAUGAGGUUGUCGGAGCUGGGGGCGGUGAAAAGGGGAAGUCUUUGUAUGUAUGAAAAGCUAAAGCAUCCACACCCAUCCCACUUAAACAUCGCCUGGACACAUCUCUGUAUCAUCUCAACUUUCCCACCUUAGGACCGUCAGAAUGGCUAUGGUAUCAGAGUUCCUGGGACAACUGUCUCUCAACGUUGGGACCCAAGAGCCCAAGUUCCCAACUGUGGUCCCUGCAACGGACUUUGACCCUGACAGAGAUGCUGCCAGAAUCGAGACGGCCAUCAAAACCAAAGGAGUGGACGAGCAGACCAUAAUUGACGUCCUAACAAAACGGACCUACUCUCAAAGAAGAGACAUCGCUUUUGCAUAUGAAAAGAGGGCGAAGAAGGACAUGAUCUCAGCCCUGAAGGGGGCGCUGUCUGGUUCCCUGGAAACAGUGAUCCUUGGACUGAUGAGGAGCACGGCCCAAUAUGAUGCCUCAGAAAUCAGAGGAUCAAUCAAGGGUUUAGGAACAGAUGAGGAAACGCUGAUUGAGAUUUUGUGCUCACGCAGCAACGAUGAGCUGGUGGAGAUCAAGAAGGUUUACAAAGAGCUGUUUAAGAAGGAUCUGGAUAAAGAUGUCGCAGGUGACACCUCUGGGAAUUUUGCUAAGCUGCUCUUGGCUCUGGUGCAGACCAAGAGAGCUGAACCAUCCUCUAUUGUAGACUUUGAAAAGGUCGAUCUAGAUGCCAGAGCGCUCUACGAGGCUGGGAUAAAGAAUAGAGGAACGGAUGUGGCGACCUGGAUCUCCAUCAUGUCUGAGAGAAGUGUGCCACACCUGCAAAGAGUGUUUCAGAGAUACAAGAGCUACAGCCCCUAUGACAUGCAGGAGAGUAUCGUGAAGGAAGUCAAAGGAGACUUGCAAAGGUCCUUUCUGGUGCUAGUUCAGUGCUUUGAAAACAAACAGCUGUACUUUGCCAAGAGACUGAAUGAAGCCAUGAAGAGCAAAGGAGCCAAAGAGAAGAUGGUGACCAGAAUCAUUGUGUCACGCUGCGAGGUGGACCUGAAGAAGAUUUGCUCCGAAUUCAAGACCAACUUUGGACAGACUCUGCAAAGGACUAUUCUGGAACACACCAAGGGAGACUACCAGAAGGCAAUGCUCAGCCUGUGUGGACCAGAGCAGUAGAAAUCAAUCAUCAGUAUCAAAAGGGUCUCACUUUUCCACACUGGAGAGGUGAAUAUCACACUUAAGAGGAAACUCUGCGGCUAAAGCCCAUCCCAGUUAUUACACACACACACACACUUAAAGGCAACAUUCAAGAGGAUAACGUUUUUGCUAUAUGAAGAAUCUGUAUUACAGCUUAUGUUUGUCAGAACAAACUGGAAAUGAAGUUGCAUUGUUGAAGUAUGAAAGCCAUCUUAGUUUGGUCUUACUUAGUGUUUCCAUAGUUUUCCACUAGAGGGCGCUGUAGGAGCAUUAAAAACAGCAGUCGGAGGCUCCAGCCCGUCUGUGUGGCCUCAUAACAUCUGAUGCCUGUGAUGAAAAGCAGAAAAGUUUAAAUAUAAUGAAAUAUUUCAUCUCCAGUUGCUGUUUUCAUUGUAUGCUUUUCCUGCUAAUUAGAAGUCGUAAGUAAAGUGAAAAUAAAAAGAUCGAAGUACUAUAGAUAUUUUAUUUACACAAGAUAAAAAUAAUGUUUUUUGUUUCUUGUCAUCUUGACAUUUAAAAACUCGUAGUUUAAAUUACUGCUGUGAAAUUUAAAACUCCAUGUGUGUAAAAGGAUUCAUGAUUUUAUGAAUACAGUCUCUUGAUCCAUGCAGCAUCUUUUCAUACAAAUAAAUCUUCCUCAUUUUCCACUUUGAGGUUCCAUCAAGAUGA